AUGUCUCUGGCGCCAAGCUCCCCUCGUCUACCCAGCCCGCCGCCGCCAGCAGAAAUCCAGAUAGGGCCAAAUUCCCCGUCGGGAGGCCCCGCGGCGACGCUGGCGACGACCGAGAUGGAGCAGUCGCAUAUAGACGCCAAUUCAUCCAGAAGGAUACACCCGGGAACCAAAUCUGCAGACAUGGCCGUUGGCCCUCCAUUGGUGCCACUGAGCGAGCUAGACUCGCCGUUCCAGCUACAGGAACACCUCGCUGCUCUGCACUACCACAGCACCGCGUCUGGCACUCAGCCUUUGACUCGCGCCUCGGCCCUCCAGCUCGCCCAGCCUCCGCAAGGCAUCGAUCGCACUCUCUGGCUCUAUGAGCUCUGCCGCUUCCUUAUCUCGCAGUGCAACUCCCUCAUAGUCGGCUUCCUCUUCGAUAGCCCGCCAUGCAGCGCCAACACCUGCCCCGAGAUGCGCGCCUCCGAAUGGCAGUUUCUCUGUGCCGUACACGAGCAGCCUAAGAGCUGCUGUGCCAUAGAUUACUGCUGUCACACCCUAGACUGGGCUGCCAACGUCGUUUCAGACCAGAAGAUCUUUCCAAGCCGCUUUGUCGUGGUCAACGACGUUCAUAGCAAGAAUGUCGGCGUCAAGAGCUUGGUCAAUGUCUUCCGCAGACUGCAUCGCAUCUUCGCGCACGCCUGGUUCCAGCACCGCAGCGUUUUCUGGGCCGUCGAAGGACAAACCGGCCUCUAUGUCUUCUUCAAGACUGUGUGUGACCUGUACGACCUGCUGCCAGCUGAGAAUUACAAACUGCCACCAGAAGCCGAGGGCCUGGAAGCCCACCCAGAGUUUGACGUAAACGCUAGCAGAGCCCAGCCACCUCAAAUCUUGAAGCCCUCAGCUUCGCAGACUGGGGGGAGCGAGGGCGAUGAUGAUGGCCUGCACGGAUCUGUUAAUCGCACAAACACCCGCAGGCACAUCAGGAGCAGCCCAUCCACCGGAAGCUCUGUAACAACUGUCAUGGAAGCUGAAGAAGAAGACGCUGACGGAGUGUCUCGAAGAUUGAGAAGCAUGCAACUAGCGGGUCCUGACCUUGUAGAAGAGGAGUCUGAGGCUGCUGAAGUUCCCGUCAUUGUCGAGCAAUCAGUAAUCGCCGGCCCUCCACCUCCUCUCCUCUUCUCACUAUCCUCAGAGCCUAGCCAAGAUGAGACGGGCACUACCGUAUUUGACAUGUCUGACGCUGGCCAACAAACAUCAGCGGUGUCAGAAAGCAUUGUAGAGAUCACAGAGGACGAUGUCACCAGCGUCAUUAAUCCUUCUGAUCACCAUACCGCUGAAGAAACCAAAGAGGAAGAAAAGGCGGAAGAAACUGCUCCUGAGGCACCAAGUGAUGGGCACACCGAGGGCGAAAUCCCAAUUUUAAGCGAAGAAUCACAUACGUCUGAGGCUCCCGCUGAAACCACCAAAGAAGAGGAAACAUCAACAACUGAAGAAACUACCAAGAAGGAGGCCACACCCGAACCCGCAGCGGAAGGAGAUGCGAAUGCGGCAAAAGAAGAAAAUGCUCAGCAUGAGGAGAAAUAG